AUGUCUAUCCCGAACCAAGCGCUUGAAAAGCUGAUCCGAGAAAUCGAAAGCCAAGCAAUCGUGGCCCAGCAGCAGAUUGGCCAGGCACGCACACAGAUGACGGCAAAGCAACGAGAAAUGCGCAUGGUCCGUCUGACGCUUGAUGAGGUUUCCACCUUGCCCUCAAACUUGAACGUCUACGAAGGUGUCGGCAAGAUUUCCGUGUUUGACGGACGUCGGAUGACGAAGCGGCUGCAGCCAGGACCAGAGUAUAUGGAUUACGUUGCUGACGCCGAGCCUCGGGGGCGGAAAAGGUUCGUCGCGUUACCCACCCCGCAGCUUACACAAAAGCUGGAGGGUCAAAUCAAGGAUAGGGAGGGCGAGGUUGAGAAGCUGAGCCAGAAGCUGCACUACCUGGAGACAACGUACAAGAACAGCCGGCAGCACAUUGACCAGAUGCUCAAGGCGCAGUCAUGA